CUCGCUUGACUCGAACGAAUUCGGACCCGUCUCGCUCGGGCUACUCACUGCCAAAGCCACGUUCAUUUUGUGGCCACUGUCCCGCUUCCAAAACCUGUCUUCAGCUGACGUUCCCGCAGCCAUUUACUCUUAUUGAAACGAUGAGGGCCGUCUGCUUUAGCGAGAGGAGGGAGAUCGAAAUGCAGGGGCCUGUUUUGAAGAAUGCGCUGACUUUCGGCGACGUUGACGGAGAUGGCGAGGUGGAGCUGGUCGUCGGCAACGAAAGCGGAGAGCUUAGCAUCUUCAAAGACUCCAGCAACCCCAGCAAACCGUGGUACCAAACCACGGGCCUUAAAAUGAUCAGCGCCAUCGGUGUCGGCAAGCUCAUUGAGGAGGCCAAAAACACGUUGGUGGUCGUGUCCGGGGAUGGCUGGUGCCACAUCUUACUGCCCGGAGCGGCACCCUCCUGCCCACCAGAUGUGGCUCUUGGCUGUGACAACAACAUGCAUGUGGCCCACAUUCAGUGCAUACCUCCAAACACUCAUUGUAUCUUCCUUGGUGACAUCGAUGGAGACGGGCAAAUUGAACUGGUGGUCGGCCUGACAGACAGGGUAGUCAGGUCGUACCGCUGGCAGCGGGAUCCUGACUCUACUGUGCCUGGCGAAGGAAAACUGGUCAGCCUCAACAAGUGGGAAGCAGCCUGCCAAGUCAGUAGCGUGAGCCUCGGCAGAGAAAUCGGGGGGCAGCCGUCGAUAUUGGUCUCUCAGCCUGGAGGCACUCUGCUCAAGAUAAUGUGCACGACCAAUCAGUACGCCGCUUUGGACAACUCGCUGGACGAGGCGGUAUCAACCUCAAAGAUUAACCACUGCACUUUGUCAUCAAACCGCUUUAUUAAAAGUUUAAAUUUGUCCACUGAAAUCGUUGGCAUGAUUCAAACAGCAAAAUCAACUGGCGACAAAGGAUCUCCUUACGCCGUUGCAGUUACCGAUGGCAAUCUUUUGCUAGCUCAGGACGAUAAUAUUUUAUGGUCUAUGCAACUAAAGAAACAGCUCUUUUGCAUCACAAAACUGGAUAUUACUGGUGAUGGAAAUGACGAAAUAGUCGUCUGUUCCUGGGACGGACAAACGUUCAUUCUUGGCCAAGAUUCUAUUUCUGUGCGCUUCCAGUUUGAAGAGAGCGUGGCCGCUUUUACAGCUGGCCUAUUCGGGAAGAAUUCUCGACCCUGUUUUGCUUACUCAACUUUCAAUGAAAAAUUAGUCCUCUUCCCGAACAUCGAGAUCCAGCACUUGCAAGCAAGAACUGUUGACCACUUCAUGUGCUCAAAAUUUCCGAAUUUGAGCAAAGAGGAACGCAGGCUUCUAGUGCAAAAGAGUCUAUACGGAGUAAAAAAGUAGAUAUAUUUUUAUGAGAUUGGUUUGUUUUAUUGACAAUAAAUAAUAUAGUUGUUACAAUUA